GUCUGUCUUCAUACGUUUACUCUUUAAUCUUUAGUCUUGUCAAGUUGGUUAAGUUGGUUGCGGCGGACAGUACUAUUUAUUGAUUUUCACAUACUUAUCUGACCAUGGAACCGAAUCCUGUAAUAAUUGCUGCUACAGCAAAACAGACAGCAUCGCUUAUAUUUUUACAUGGACUCGGUGAUACGGGCCAUGGCUGGGCAAGCACGAUUGCUGCUAUCAGGGGACCUCAUGUUAAGGUGAUCUGUCCGACGGCAUCUACGAUACCAGUAACAUUAAAUGCCGGAUUUCGUAUGCCCUCUUGGUUUGAUUUAAAAACAUUGGAUGCCACAGCCGCCGAAGACGAGGAAGGCAUUGUGAGAGCAUCAGACCUUGUGCAUGGAUUGAUUGCUGAUGAAGUCAGAGCUGGUAUACCUGCCAAUCGAAUUUUACUAGGUGGAUUCUCUCAAGGAGGAGCUUUAGCUCUUCAUGCAGCAUUGACAUAUCCCGAGUCUUUAGCUGGUGUUAUGUCACUUUCCUGUUGGUUACCAAGAUAUGCCUACUUUCCUGAAAUUGUGAAAGCUCCUAGAGACUUACCUAUUUUCCAAGCGCAUGGUGACUGCGAUCCAGUUGUUCCCUUCAAAUGGGGGCAAAUGACAGCUUCGUUCUUGAAAACAUUCAUGAAGAACAUUGAAUUCAUGACUUACCAGGGUUUGACACACAGCUCAUCAGAAUCAGAACUUAAGGAUAUGAGAGCAUUUAUAGAGAAAACUUUACCUGCUAAUAAAUAAAAUAUAUGAAAAAAUAAUUAAAUCCAUGUACUUAUAGAUAUCUAUUUUAUUUGUAAAUGAAACUUAAAUUUUAUUAAAAGUGCAACAUCUUUAACUUGUAGGUAAUGAAUUAAAUAUUUUAUUUUAACCA